CCAAACCCGUUAGGAUCUAGCGAGAUCUGACAAAAUCUAGGAAAAUUUGGAAAAUAUGGCAGAAGAUUUGGUUAGUUUGAGUGUCUGGCGAUGCGAGUAAAAUCUGGCAUUUGCCAGAUAACCUGGCAACCCGGCAGCGCUGCUCACGCGGGUAAUAUAUUGUGAUUGUAAAUAAAUGAUAGAAGGUGUUUUUAUGUUAAAAGAUAUAGUUCAAUAAAAAGUAGAUCGAAGUAGCAUGGAACUGCUUUCGGAUGAAGGGCUACGCCUGGAUGGACGUCGAUCAAAUGAAUUGCGAAGGAUUCAAUGCAAGCUUGGAGUUUUCAGUCAACCAGACGGAAGCGCAUACAUUGAGCAAGGCAACACUAAAGUACUGGCUGCGGUCUACGGACCGCACCAGGCACCGGGUAAAAAGAGCAACCACGAAGAAGUAAUUGUGAACUGUCAGUACAGUAUGGCCACGUUUUCCACUGGAGAGCGUAAAAAACGUCCCCGUGGCGACAGAAAAAGCCAGGAGAUGACAAUUCACCUGCAGCAAGCAUUGAGUGCGGCUAUCAAAACGGAACUUUACCCAAAAAGCCAAAUCGAUGUGUACAUCGAAGUGCUGAUGGCGGACGGUGGUAACUACUGUGCGUCCGUAAAUGCAGCCACGCUAGCCCUUAUCGAUGCGGGGGUUUGCUUGAAAGAGUACGUAUGUGCUUGCACGGCAUCGUUGGCGGGGAAAGUUCCUCUGAUGGACGUUUCAAAUUUAGAAGAAAUGAGCGGUGGACCGACUCUAACUGUUGCUUCUCUGCCUAGUAGUGGUAAGAUUGCAUUUAUGGAAAUGUCCCAGCGAUUCCAUCUAGACCAUUUACCGAACGUUCUCGAAACGGCACUGCAAGGCUGUCGGGAAGUGCAAAAAAUCAUCGACCAAGCCGUUAGAGAUCACGUAACUCAGUUGGGGCAGGCUGGCGAUUGGGGAAGUAUUGGAAAAUAAAUGAUGUAAAACGAUUUUACUGUUUCAUUUUAAGUUGA